AUGUACAUUGAAUCUGUCGGAAAAGGGCCGGACGGCGCAGUCUUUGACUUGAGAAUCACGGCACUCAGCGACUACGUCCCGCACAGCAGCCAGCGCAACAAGAUCAAUGGUGCAUUCCCGCAGAUCAAUCUCGACGCCAACCAAAGCGUGGACCUCCUUUUCGACUUCUUGGACCCUUCGAGCGGUUCGGCCGUCGUGCUGCGAAAAUUUUACAUCACCUUCUACGACUUCGACAAGGCGAGGAAAGAAGACAAGGGCGUGGAGUCGCUCACGGUGAGUGGGAUGGCCAGGUAUGAGCUCGACCACCUAACGCAGCUCGCUGUCAGUGGCACCGAGGGCAGCCUCACGUUCUCCGCUGUUCAACAUGGGGGUCUGUCCAAUAAUCCGACGGAUCCAGCGCGCCUAACCGAUGAGCAGCGCACGCGCGUGGUGUCGCUCUCUUACCGAAACACAUCUAGAGUGACCUUCACCUACUCGAUCUCGACGGGCACUGGCGGCCGGAACUUGAUCUUUGCAGGCGUCAACCCGCUCCUGCUCCCCCCUUCGCACCCUUGCUGCCUCUUCUCAGCAGCACCACCACCCGUGAUGCGCUUUCCACCGCCGCCUUCUCCUUCACCGAGCCUCGCCGCCCUUGCCCUCACCCUCAUCGCCGCUACUGCCGCCACUACCCUCGCCACUCCCACCCUCACCCUCGCCGCCCUCGCCGCCACCGCCCUCGCUUUCGUCGCCCACGCCACCGCUGCCCUCACCGCCGCCGCCGUCACCACCGCCCUCGCCGCCCCCGUCCUCACCGCCGCCGCCACCGCCCUCACCACCCCUGCCCUCGUUGCCGCCGCCGCCGCCACUGCCCUCACCGCCCCCGCCCUCACCGCCGCCGCCGUCACCACCGCCCUCGCCGCCCCCCUCCUCAGCGCCGCCGCCACCGCCCUCACCACCCCCGCCCUCGUCGCCGCCGCCGCCGCCACUGCCCUCGCCACCGCUGCCCUCACCGCCGCGGUCACCGCACGUUCAGAGUUCAAGGAUGUGUCGCGCCGAUUCCUGAGCGAUGCACAGCUUCAGGUCAAGGGCCACGUCGGCGCACACUGGCACAACUUUGGUGCUCCGUACCUCGUCGAUUGGGACGGCGACGGCUGGAUGGACAUCUUCGCCACCAACCACGUCAAGUACGAGUCUUGCGAGACGCACUGGGAUCUCGCGCGCAAUAACGGCGAAUGGUUUGAUGCUAUCACUGGCGCCGUCGAGUACGUGGAGGGUUGGUUUGAGCAGCCCGACGACGAUUUGGUCCAAAGGUUCGACGCCCACGGAGGUGCAGUUGUUGACAUUGACCGCGAUGGGUUGCUGGACCUCUAUGUAGCACAGGGCACCAGCCGAGGCACUGACAUGACCGAGCAUUCCGAGAACGGCCUCUUUUGGGGGACGGCGGAUGGCAAGCUCGUUGGCGGGCGGGCGGCAGCCAAGUCGGCCGGGCUCGACUGCCGGGGCUGCCGUGCGUACAACGUGGGCAUGCUUGACGUGGACAACGACGGCCUCCUCGACAUCCUCUCACUCAAUAUGGAGCGAAGCGACAAGAACGAAAUUCCAUCGCGGCUGUGGUUCAACCGACCGACGGCUGGCGAACCGAGACAUUUUACAUUCGCACCGGAGGACGGCUUUGCGCAGGAGCUCCUCGUCACCAUCGACGGCUUGCGAGAUAGCUCUGGGUCCAGCCAGGACAUAUUCGUUGCCUACAAGUGGGACCCGGUCUCAGGGCGGCUGGCCGAUAUCACGCCGGGCUGGUGGCCAACGCUUGAAGCGCCGCACCUAAGAUCGUGGUCGCUGCGUGGAGGAUAUCGACGUGAGCUUGUCUCGGUGGACGGCAUCGACUUUCUCUACUCCUCACCCGCCGGACUCCGGUCCGCUGCCGACACCAAGAAGCCCUUCAUCGAGGCGGCCGACUUUAACCUCGACGGCACGCUCGACCUGCUCGUCCUCUGCCGUUUCAACAGCAGGCUGCUAACGCAGAGCGCAGACGGCAGCUGGGUCCGAAUGCCGGGCAUCUACGGCGAUCUCAACGACCCGGCCCGGAAGCGGGAGGAUGACGGCUGGCUUGAGGCGUGCUGCGCUGACCCUGUCGUCUGCAAGGCCGCGCAUGGGGUCCAGUUGCACCACCUCGCAGCUUUCAUCUGUCCGAGGCUAGACGCGGGCGGCAACCGGUGGCAGGGCGUCUCGGUUGUCGAUCUCAACAACGACGGCUUCCUCGAUCUCAUGCCGUGCUCUACGCGCUGCCGAGUCUACCUAAACCGGGGCACCGGCAACUCGUACAUCGCCUUCAGGCUCGUCGGCAGUAUGAGCAACGAGUACGGCAUCGGCGCGACAGUGCUGCUGGCUUGGCGCGCCGAGCCAGCGGGAGCGGUCCGGCUGCAGCUGCGCGAGCUCAACGCCGUGUCGAGUGGCGGCGCCAGCCGGUUCGGCAGCACCGACCACCGGCUCGUCUUUGGUCUCGGCGCCGCUGGCGUGCCGGUGCGCUGGCCAUCGGGUAGGGUGGACCUCCUCGACGAGCCGUCGCUGGUUGCGCGCGCAAACUCGAUGGAUGAUGGCGUGAUACGGCUGGAAGAGUCCGUCCCAGGCCCUCGACUCCCGCUGACACCGCCCCUUCCGCUGUCGCCACCUUUGUUACCACCGCCCUCACCACCGCCAGGUGCGAUCGACACUGCACCGACAAGGACGUAG